AUGCCAAUAGCUCCAGCUAUUUAUCUCAGCCUUAGCGGCAAGGAUGUGCUUAUCACUGGUGGCUCGGAGGGAAUUGGAGCCUCCACGGUCGAGCAUUUUGCUCUCCAAGGCUGCCAAGUCAUCUUUCUUGACAUUGCAAGGGUUUCGGCGCAGGAUACCAUCAAUCGUGUCAUAUCGCUUGCGAAAGAGACCAGUUACCAAGCCUACACUAUCCAAACACCAGUAUUUUACUUCUGCGACGUUUCUAACUUGAGAGAAUUGCAAGCCACGGCCAGUCAGAUUUUCAAAGAAUACGGAACAGUUCACAUCCUGGUAAACAACGCGGCACUUACAGGCCACCAAGCAAGGCUCAGCACUGAAGAAGUCACCUCCGAAGCAUGGGACUUCAACAUCAACACCAGUCUGAGGCAUGUAUUCUUCUUGACGCAGGCUGCUUGUGGAGGCAGUAUCGUGAACCUAGGCUCGAUCACGUGGCGCAUUCCCGCCACAGGCUUGCCGAUCUACGGUGCCUGCAAGGCCGCGGUGAUGGGUCUCACUCGUGUUCAGAUUAAAGAAGUUGGUCCGUUCAACAUCCGGGUUAAUAGUGUCAUGCCAGGGGCCAUCGCAACUGAGAGACAGAGGGAAGAGGUCCUGACGCCUGAGUACCGUGCCGAGGUGAUGCAAGCACAGAGCUUGAAACGCGAUCUGGUGCCGGCAGACGCAGCAAAGGUGAUUGUUUUUCUGGCCAGUGACGAGGCUAGUGGUGUGACCGGCAGUAGUUAUGUCGUUGAUGGAGGUUGGUGCAGUGAUCCGUGA